AUGUUGUUUGAUUUUCCUGGAUUCGCAGGAGCUUACUUGGACGGCUUGGUUGUGUUGAAUGUGUCGAUUCCCGCAGCAUCCUCUUCGAUCCGUGUGAACGGUGACGACAGUGUCGAGAAUGGUCGCUUCGGAGCGGAAGCCAAUUCACAACGACUUUCCCCGGCGUUGAUUGAGUCCGGGACUGUCCGGAUCCGACUCGGCUCUGCGUCAUCUGUCCACGACAUCCGAGCAGCUCUCGAUUUUCAACGUCAAGCAUCUUUACAGCUGGAAAACGUAGCGUAUUCGACACCGAAAACACAAGCGAGUAGAACGCAGGUCUACAGCGGGAAAUCCCGAGCUUUAAUCGAAGUCAACAGUGGAGCGGCUUCGUUGGGCAGCGUCAAGUUGAAGAAUAGCAGUGCAAAGUACAAGUCGUGCCGGAAUUUGGCAACGACUUCCACAGUAACCUUGUUGGAACCGCGAACCGAGUCGGGGUCUUGUCCAGAAUCGACUUGGUCAGAGGAGUCGUUCAAAGAGUACCUGUCGGAGUUGCAAAAAGAGUACGAAACUCUAAAAACCGCCAUAAAGUCAGCCAUGACCACAGAAGAAAGUAUCGCUGGUGGUUCUGUGAAAUCCACCGGAACGUCAGUAACUGCGACAGUUGAGCUGAAGUUGGGACGAAGUGUGUCAAAAAUGGACGAGAUGCUGAGACGAAUUGCGAACCUGAACUCGAUUCUAGGGAAUUCUCGAGUCGCCGAAGUCACCAUUCGCGAAAAAAUCAAGACGAUGGGUGAUCGAGAGCUUCAUUUAACCAAGGUCAUAGAGGAACAAAGCGGGCUUGUCGAAGUUGCCAAACGGAAAGUUGCCAAAAUGGUGAAAGAUAUCGCCGAGGAACGUCGUCGACGCAAAGACGGCGAGAAGAAAUUCGUCGAAGAAAAGCAAGAUUUGCGGGAACAAAACGAGCUGCUGGAAUUCAGACUUCUAGAAUUGGAUGCUUGGAAACAACAGCACCAAGGCUUCUUGGAUGAUGCCAAGUCCGAAAUUGUGGGCAAGCUCGACAUGCUCGCUCAGCAAACUCCUGCAGAUUUCUGCAAUGCAGUUUACGGCCCGUGUUGGUUCCGCGACGAUGAUAGCGACUUGGACGAAGCCCCAGACGACAACGUCGUACCGAACGAUUUCGCUUCCGGGCUAAUCCAUGAACUUUCGGAAACUUCGGAAGAAACCGACUUCGGGGCCUUGUGGCGUGUGUCCAUGACUGCUUCCGAAGAAGGUCGUUGUUUCCAGGGCAGCGAUACUUGUUCGCCUCCUCGAGUCGUUGGCAACUCCCUGAAAACGUCUCGUUGA